AGCGUAAAGGAUGUAUCUAUUGACUUUGUUUUGUAUCCAUUCUGAGUCAAUGUGCUUACUUAAAGAUUCCUCUUUCCUAUUAUCCCUUUAAAUACAAAAUAAGAAGUCACUUUAUCCAUACCUGCUUAUACACACAUGCAAAGCACCUGCUCUUCUCAUAAACCUACUUUCUUCUUAUCUUUCUCUCUCUCUGUUCCAUCUAAAGAGCAUUAUAACAUCUUCAGUAUCCUCUUCGAAAAUGAAUAUCGUAAUCGAACACAACCCUUCUAGCAUAAAGUUAUCUGAACUUGGAGUAAUGUCAUGGCCUAAAUGGUCCUGUCAACCGGGGAAAUAUGCAUUAGUAUUUGAUGAAAGAGAGACAUGCUAUUUGGUGAAGGGAAAGGUGAAGGUGUAUCAAAAAGGUUCAUCAGACUCAGAGUUUGUAGAGUUUGGUGCAGGAGACCUUGUGAUCAUCCCCAAGGGACUAAGCUGCACUUGGGACGUAUCUCUUUUCAUCGACAAGCACUACAAGUUCGAUCCUCCUACUUCUCUAUAGUUUUUCCUA